AUGGAGAAAGAUAUUUUGACCACCCUCAAGAUCAUAAUUAUCGGGGAGGAGAUGGCGGAGGCCUGUGCCCUUCUGUUGAGGUUUACCGAUGAUACCUUUGACCCGGAACUUACAAUAGGUGUUGACUUUAAAGUGAAAACAAUCUCUGUAGAUGGCAAUAAAGCAAAGCUUGCAAUAUGGGACACUGUAGCACAGGAACGCUUCCGAACCCUAACGCCCAGUUAUUACCGGGGUGCACAAGGUGUUAUAUUGGUGUAUGAUGUGACUCGGAGGGAUACGUUCACGAGGCUGGACAACUGGUUAAAUGAGCUGGAGACCUAUUGCACAAGAAAUGACAUUGUUAAGAUGCUGGUUGGAAAUAAGAUAGACAAGGAAAAUCGGGAAGUAGAUCGAAAUGAGGGACUGAAGUUUGCCACGAAACAUUCGAUGUUGUAUAUAGAGGCCAGUGCAAAAACCAGAGAUGGAGUACAAUGUGCAUUCGAAGAACUUGUUGAAAAGAUUAUCCAGACUCCUGGACUAUGGGAAAGUGAGACAAACAGAGGAGUUCGAUUGUCUAGUGAAGAUGGUGGUGGCACAAGAGGGUUGUGUGCUGGAUACUGCUCAGUACAGUAGAAUAGGUCAUCCUUGGAUCUUCCUAUUAAACCAAGCAGUGAUAGCCGUUUCUGUAUAUAUCCUGUAUCACCCCUAUAUAUGGGUUUGCACAUAUUUGUUUGUAACCUAAAGAAACAAAUAUUUGUAGAACAUUGUUGGGAAACUGUCUUUCCAGAGGAAUUCUAAGCAUGAAAAAGAGUUUAUUUUAUUUUUUGUCAGUGGCAUGAACAAUAUUCUGCCUUAGCAAAUGCAGCAACAGAAACACCAUAUUCAUGGUAGGUUUUUAAUCUCUUUCUUAAUGACACUACACUGUUCUAAAAUAUAUGUGUGACUUAUCUCCUGUUCUAUAUUCUGCUGUAUAUUACCGCUGCACUCAUGGGCCUUCUCCAUCGUUCACCUGAAGCAUGUCUGUACAUCUUACUGAAGCAUAUGUCUGUUUCUCCCUGACAGCAAGCCACGUAGCUACAAGAAAGUGCAGUCUAUGCCUGUAAACACUGUAUUAUACCGCUGGCACUUGGGGGCUCGUAUGACGCCCAUCAUUGGACUACUUUUGGUCUUCAGCACAAAGUCGUUGACACCUUCAUGCUAAAACUCCAUGUUUGGCCCUGGUUGUACAAUUUUAACUCUUGUAUCAAAUGUGAAAUAUUAAAUUGUAAUAUUUCGGAGGCACUUUGUCAUGAGCGUUUAGUGCUUGCUAAUCCGUAUAUAGUAAAGAAGUUGCAAGAAUUCAGUAGCUGUAUGCUUCAUAUGAAGCUGCCCAAAGAACCGAUUGUUCGAAUCCACGAACGAUCGGACUUCCCCAUCUCCCGACCUGCCACUAACCAUUCAGAUCAAAUAAAGUAGUAAAAGAACAGAUCAGCCGAUGUUCUGCCCCUGAUGAAAUUUCUGUCUGACAAAAGCUGGUGACAGUCUCUCACUGAAAAUCGUACGAUCGGCAAUACACGCAGAGAUAUUAUCAGCAGCCGACAGAAAUCUUUUAACCUGUCCGAUCGAACAAAUGACCGAUCACCGCCGGACGAAAAAUGUCGGGACUCUCCACACACGGUUCCGAAAAUCGGAUCUUUGCGUCUAUGGCCAGCUUAACGCUUCAGCAAGCGCUGCCUGGAAAAAAAACGGUAUCCACCUAACUAUCAAGGAGGCUGAUUUACAAAUUGUACCUGUGUGUUUACUCUUCAACAAUGAAAUCUUUGCUUUUGUUUUUUUCCUCAAACUUUUUAGCUUUUUAUUAUGGAAUUCCUUUUGUAUCAUCCAGUAUUGUGUGUGGCAACCUAUUUUCAGCCUUGCCUAUUGCUGGAAAGGUUUACAGAUAAUCAUGAACUAUUUAUGUAACAUAAGUAUAUAUAUAUAUAUUACUUACAUUUUAAUGACAAUAUUUUUACUUACUUUAUAGGCACUUUUGCCUAAGAUGAUUCCUUUAGGUUCAUCCUUUCUGGCACACAGUCUAUAUUUGGGGGUGCCAAAUGUUAGGUUCUUUCUUCUCGCGGCUGCACGUGCGCAUUAGAGUAAAAGCUGAACUGAAAAGUUGGCUUUUCUAUUCUACUGUGUAUGCGUCUGCCCCGGGAAAUUUGAAGAAAGAAGAAGCCGGAAGAGAAGUGUUCUGUGGUGCUCACUGGUAUAACCCUGGGCCGGUGCAGUUUUCUGCUGAUAGGCCAGGCUUUCAGGUAAGUAAAUAUAAUCACUUGGGGGUGCCUAACAUUUUGCACCUCCAAAUGCUAAACGAUUUUCCUUCUCCUUUAAGGACAUUUGCCAUGGCUUGGAGCAUCACCUUGCAGUUGUAGAUGUCACAUUGUCCUAUGGACACCAGUAGAUAUAUCUAUUAUCCAUGAUGCAUCUUUAUGGGUUUAGUCUGCUGCCUCAUUAGGUGCAUGCAAAAAAAGCACAAUAUAAAACUACAUUCACAAAAUAACAUUCAUUGGACCAAUACAAUAUUGUUUUAUUCUUAGUUUCUCUGGUGGCUCUCCUGGACUGAAACAUUACAAUAAAUUAAACUUUCCAAUUACAAUGUGUCUGUAUGAAAUGCCAUUUGUGAAAUAAUGUUAUAAACCCGAUUUGUUCUUAAAAACCAGGAUGUUUUGUUCUAAUAAAUAGUCGCAGUUACAGAUGUGUUACCUUUC